UUAACUGCCAUCUUCAUGAACACCAUGAUUUGCAAACUUAUUGCAUUCAUCGGUCUCUGCAGUGCUGGAGGGAAUGCCUUCAAGGUCCUCCAGCCAUACCGGGUGGUAGCCAGCGAUGGAGUUGUCAGGCUGAGGUGCGCCUUCCAUUUUAACGGGAAGGGCGAAGAGCUCAGAGUCACGUUGUAUCGUGGAAUGGGGAGCGACUCUCUUGUGUGUGCCUCCUCUUUCUAUCUCCCGAACUCCACCUUCGAGACGGAAGGGCCUGUAGUAUGCAGAGGAGAUGCCAGUAAGGAUGGAGUAGAUCUCACUGUGUCUGGACUGCAGGGUGCAGAUACAGAUCUGUACCGCUGCAGUCUGGAAAUCAUGUAUCCACCGCCCUAUCGACAAAGAUACGGGAAUGGCACUAUCAUCUACAUUCCUGAAGAAACAAAGUGUGCGGAUCCUGUUGUUGCUGCUGAAACUGACAAGGAAAAUAUAUUAUUUUUUUUGCCUGUAUCUGUGCUGGCAUUCAUUAUCAUCAUGACAAUUCUCAUCUUGACCUACCGGAUACUCAGUCUCAAAUACAGAAAAUCUGAAUAUGUGGACAUGGCGCCAGUGAUUUCAAGGAAAGUGGACUGUCAGUAUGGAUAUGAGAAUUUCUUGUGAAGCUGUUCUUUCUUUUUUUCACUCUUCUAAGCAUUAUAAAAAUGAUUUGUAUUUCAAAUUCAUUUUAUAAUUCUUACGUUAACAUUAUAUGUUAAGUCUCAUUUUUAUUAUUGACUUCAGUGAGUCAGAUUUGCAAUGUUAGGUGUGAUUCUGCAGUGGAUACAGUUGAAUGAUUAGGUAGCAUUUUUAAAAAUGCACAAUUGAAGAAUUUUACAUCUUUUAAAUACAGGUAUAUUUAUUGUUCUAACACUGCUGGGUGAAGAAUGUCUACUUUGUCACAAUCAGAUUUAUGGUUGAAAAGAUUACUACAGUACAUUAUAUGUAGAAAGACUCAUACUGUAUGUGAACAGUAGGGCCCAUCUGAAUCAAUCCAUUCCAGAAUUGUGAUGCAGCCACCUUAACUAUGUAAGUGCAAAUCAGCAGAAUCAAUAUAGCAAUAAAGGAAUUGGUAGUAUCAAAAGUCUGGAAUGGAGCAGACUGCAAGGGUGCAGAUUGAGUAAUCCCAAUUUAAUGUAUGAUAUUUUUUACAUACCUGUAUUUAAACUUUUCCCCAAAAAUGACACUGUAAUCCAAAAUGUAGAUUAAAAAUCUCCUCAACCUGAAUAAAUCUGGUGCAUAGAAAAAAAGCUAAUUUCUUUACAUUUUACAAUGUUAAGAAUAUUGACACCAAAAUCUGUGUUUGAAACCAUGUUGUCUUUGGAAUGACUUUUUCAUGAAAGACCAGGCAUAUACAGUAUUGUAUAUAUUUAUUAUUCUAUAUAUCAUAUAUAUGUGUGUUAUAACAAUAACAAUAAAUCAGCAGAUGAUUCUUAUAAUAAUCCUUUCCAGGAGGAAGUAUUUUUCCUUACCUGAAGAUGUCAGUAGUAAGGCUGGACAAUUUCAUCCCAGAAAGGAAAUAGUUACAGUACUGCUGUCUGCCAGCAUCUCCUAACAACACAAGAAAAUUGCUCGUGCUUAUGAGUUAACACACUCAUAAGGCACACUUUAUUAGUUAAAUCUUUUCCCAGCUAGAUGGCACUGUGCUACUAUUAACCUCUGUGUUCUUCUCAGUAGCUAUUAUACCUGAUGCUUUUGGUAUUCUGGAGAAAUCCCCUUCUGAAUUCAUAUACUUUCAGCAACAGAUGUUCUUGCAAAUACUAUACUAAUAACACUGAAAAUAUUGAGUUUAACUGUAUGAUAAUACAGUAUGACCAAUGUUUUACCUAUGUUUUUUGUAUUAUAAUGUAAAUAUUGAAAAAGCAUUAGAUUGUUUCCUACAUAGUUUGUGAAACGGUAAUGCUUAAUAAAGA